AUGUUUUUGUCUCGUCCACUUGUCGCCCUCGGGCUUCUCUAUGCUUCAGUGGUCAAGGGUUUGGACCUUGACACUUUUACAGGUCAAGCCCAAGUCCUCGGUCGGCAACGCGAGAUGAUCAUGAGACAGGACCAAGGAGAAGCUGACAAGGCAAAGCCCAUGCGCAUAAUGGCCGAUCCAGAGAAAGAUGAUUCAGACGGCAAAUGCAGCAAGACGAAAGGUUGCAAACUUGGUUGCUGCGGCCCUCUAAACAAAGAAGGAGUCGGCAUCUGUGGUACUGGUCCCAAGUUCUGUGGUAAAGAUUGUACUUCAGAGUGUAACUACAAGUCAGAAUGCGAUCCAGGCGGCUGGGGCCUCACAUACUCCAACUUCACUACCUGCCCACUCAACGUCUGCUGCAGUGACUAUGGCUUCUGCGGUACCUUAUCUAGCUACUGCAAAGGCAAUACAGUGGCUUCGCCGAAGUGCGACAAAGCCAAGCACUCUUCUGAUAAGAGAACCAUUGGCUACUAUGAAGGCUGGAACUACCAGAGACCUUGCGGUAACAUGGAACCUGAGGACAUUCCUCUGGGAUAUUAUACUCACAUCAACUUUGCCUUCGCUCUGAUUAAUCCAGAAACUUAUCGUCUUGAUCCAAUGGACCAGGGAACAGCUUCUCGUUACGGAAGGGUGUCAGCACUGAAGCAGCAGCAGGAUGACCUGGAGGUCUGGAUUGCCAUUGGAGGAUGGGCUAUGAACGAUCCAGGAAAGUAUCGGACGGUCUUUUCGGAUCUGGCCAAGUCGGAGAAGAAGCAAGAUUCUUUCUUUGACUCGCUUAUCACGUUCCUGCAGCGCUACGACUUUGAUGGUGUUGAUCUCGACUGGGAAUAG